CUAUGGCGUAGUAAAAUUACAAUUGCUUGUUAACUGAAUUAGGGUUUAGGGUUUAGUCUCAUCUCUACUACAUUCCUCUUUUGUUCUUCGUCCGGCCACAGGGAGAUUCAUUGUGUUCAAAUGGGUAAUAAGCGAAAACACAGUGAAGCCGAGGCUGCGGUCGAUGUGAAGAAGGACGAUAGUGCGCCAGAAAGGCCGAAGAGGACGCUUCUUGGCUUUAAGAACAGUGAUGAAGAUAAGAAGGAGAAUGACAGUUUUCGUGUGGGUUUUCGGAAUAAAGAGAAAGUCUUGGUCACUUGUUCGCGCCGCAUUAGUUUCAGGUAUCGGCAUUUGAUGUUGAACUUGGUUGACCUUCUGCCUCACUGUAAGAAAGAUAACAAGGUCGAGUCCAAGGAGAGUAAAGGGACUGCUUUGAAUGAGCUCGUUGAGCUCAAGAGCUGCUCUUCUUGUUUGUUUUUUGAGUGCAGGAAAGGCAAAGACCUCUACUUAUGGAUGGCCAAGUGCCCCAAUGGUCCUUCUGUCAAAUUUUUGGUUAAUGCGGUGCACACGAUGGAAGAAUUGAAACUUACUGGAAAUCAUCUGAAGGGUUCACGUCCUAUCCUGACCUUUUCAUCCAACUUUGAUAAAAGCCCUCACUGGAAGCUUUUAAAAGAGAUGAUUUCUCAGAUAUUUGGCACUCCAAAGGAUCACCGGAAAUCUAAGCCUUACCAUGAUCAUGUAUUUGUCUUCUCAAUUGCUGAUGACCACAUAUGGUUCCGGAAUUACCAGAUAUCAUGUCCCCAUGGUGGAGCACAGAAACUAGACCGUGGAGACUUGGAAAAGAUGACAUUGGUUGAGGUUGGCCCAAGAUUCUGUCUGAAUCCCAUUAAGAUAUUUGGUGGCAGUUUUGGUGGUCCAACACUAUAUGAGAAUCCAUUUUAUGUCUCACCAAACCAGAUUCGGUCAUUGGAUAAAAGGCAGAAGGCUGGAAAAUAUGCAAAGAAAGUUAAAGCCAAGACUAGGAGGAAGAUGCACGAGCUGGAAAAUCCCCUGGAAGUUGAUGAAUUUGCUGAUAUGUGGAAUGAGUGAAAAGCUAAUCAAACGUAGUCUCAAAUGCUCGGUAAAGUCCGCAUACAGUUACAUACCUUCAGCACAUUACUCGAAGGAUAGAAUGCUAUCGAUGUUUGUUUAGUAGCAUCUGAAAGUCGAUGAUUUUUACAUAGUUAAAAUGUUUAAAGUGGUACCUGAUCUUUUCGUCUCAUGGUUAACUUCAAACUGCAUAAGCUUAAGGCUUAGGUCGUUGCGCAGUUUUACUCUAUUUUGUUUGUCGGAUGCUGAAAUCUCACGAUCACUAUGGUAAAUGCUGCUUGCGCAUGCGAAUUGGAUCGAUACA